GGGAGCCUCACCUCAAUGUGGAUCCUCCUGUAGGUUCCUCUACUCUGAUGAAGUCCAGAUCGGGCCUGAGACAGUGAUGACCACGCUCUACACAGCUAAGAAGUACGCAGUGCCGGCCCUGGAGGCUCACUGUGUGGAAUUCCUCAAGAAGAACCUGAGAGCAGACAACGCUUUCAUGCUGCUUACACAGGCUCGUUUGUUUGAUGAACCUCAGCUCGCCAGCCUUUGUCUAGAAAACAUUGAUAAGAACACUGGAGACGCUCUUGCUGCUGAGGGUUUUACAGAUAUUGACCUGGACACAUUGGUGGCAGUGCUGGAGAGGGAUACUCUGGGGGUGAGGGAGGUGCGUUUGUUCGGAGCUGCAGUGCGUUGGGCAGAGGCUGAGGCUCACAGGCAGCAGUUGCAGCCGACACCUGAAAACAAACGCAAAGUCCUGGGCAAAGCGCUCACACUCAUCCGCUUCCCUCUCAUGACCAUCGAGGAGUUUGCUGCAGGUCCAGCCCAGUCCAGUAUUCUCAGUGACAGAGAGGUGGUGAGUCUCUUUCUCCACUUCACAGUAAACCCUAAGCCCCGUGUAGAAUUCAUCGACCGGCCUCGCUGCUGCCUCCGCGGGAAGGAGUGCAGCAUCACACGUUUUGGACAAGUGGAGAGCCGCUGGGGAUACAGUGGGACAAGUGAUCGCAUACGGUUCUCAGUAAACAGAAGAAUAUUUGUGGUUGGUUUCGGCCUCUAUGGCUCGAUACAUGGACCCACAGAUUACCAGGUCAACAUACAGAUAAUUCACACAGACAGUAACACGGUGCUGGGACAGAACGACACAGGCUUCAGCUGUGACGGCUCCGCUAACACAUUCAGAGUGAUGUUCAAAGAACCAGUGGAAAUUCUUCCCAACGUCAACUACACUGCCUGCGCAACACUUAAGGGUCCAGACUCUCAUUAUGGGACGAAGGGAAUGCGAAAGGUUACAUAUGAGUCAUCAUCCACCGGCACAAAGACCUGUUUCACCUUCUGCUACGCAGCGGGCAACAACAAUGGCACUUCCGUAGAGGACGGACAGAUUCCUGAGGUCAUCUUCUACACAUAGUCACCUUCGACAUGGCAACGAUCUUCCAUCAAAUGUGACUGACUGACACCAGCGGAGGGCCACACCUCAGCAGCCGAACUGGGGACUAAUAUGUCUGACAUCAUACUGUUCUCUCCAUAUAGUGUCCUACCGUCGGCCACAUUAGAAGAGAACUUGCUGUGGGGCGAUGUAGGUCACUACAUGGGGCGUAGCUCGUCAUUUGAGAUGCUGUCUCUCUUUCUUAGUGACUUCUUUUUAUCCCUUUGUGUUGUAGUGGUGCCAGUCUCUGAAACAGAAAUGACUGUAACAGACUCCACAAGGGAAGGAGAGAGGGAGGGAGGAGCCUCUUAGAUCAAUCACAGCAUCCAUGUCACUGCUGUAGAUUGACGGCAUAAGGCUUGACACUGAAUUCUUCCUAAGCUGUACGAUUCCCCUUCUUGUACUCAGCAGCAUUUGUGCGAAGGAGACUCGCAACUGUAUGAAUGUACAGUAAUAUCACAUUUUGCCAAGAAAAGAUCCUCACCAUUGUUCAGUAUAGAUCAGCAUUUCACUGACAUGACUUCCAUAGACUUAAAGACCUUGUAGGCUUCAUGAAUUCUUGGCAAAUUCGAACCAAACUUCAUACUAAUCUUAACAAUAUGGUUAUGGUAAGCAAUUUUCGGGUUUCUACAUACAGUACAAUCUGUGAUAUCUUGUGUCCUUGCUUGGUAGUUGCCUAUAACCAAGAUACCUUGCACUUCUUGGCCUUGCAUAUGUUCAUUUGGUUGUUCUGUGGAUGCACACUGACUCUUCAGAUAUGUUUCUAUUUAGCUUUGUUUUAAAAAGUGUGGGAGAACUUCCCUUCUUGGUGCGGAAGUUAAAGGGUUGUAUAUUAAAGUGGCAUUUAUUAACAUUAUAUAUGUAACUUGAAAUAACUAUUGAUUAAAGAGUGAGGAAAACA